AUGAAUCAUUCUUCCCAGGACGCUGGUUCUCGUGGCAUUCAUGAAGAUGGAAAGCUUUAUGUGGUGGAUUCCAUAAAUGACUUAAACAAACUAAAUCUUUGUCCUACUGGAUCACAGCAUCUGUUCCCUCUAGAAGAAAAAAUCCCAGCCCUUGGCCCUAACUCAGGAACUGGAAGCCAACGUUUGUUCUUUGUGGGGUUGAUAAUUGUGCUGAUUGUGAGCCUGGUGCUGGUUUCCUUCGUGAUAUUCCUAAUAAUUCAAACUGGGAGCAAGAUGGAUGAUGUGUCAAGAAGAUUGACAGCUGAAGGAGAGGACAUAGAUGAUCUUAAGAAAAUCAACAGCAUGAUCGUAAAGCGCCUUAAUCAACUGGAAUCUCAACAGAACUAG